AUGGCCCUCAGCAAUGCUGAUGUGCAAAAGCAGAUUAAACACAUGAUGGCUUUCAUUGAAGAGGAAGCUAAUGAGAAAGCAGAAGAAAUAGAUGCAAAGGCAGAAGAAGAGUUUAGCAUUGAGAAAGGUCGUCUUGUGCAAACCCAAAGACUGAAGAUGAUGGAAUACUAUGCGAAGAAAGAAAAGCAGAUUGAACAGCAAAAGAAGAUUAAGAUGUCCAAUUUGAUGAAUCAAGCAAGGCUCAAAGUCCUCAGAGCUAGAGAUGACCUUAUCACAGACCUACUAAAUGAAGCAAAGCAGAGACUCAGCAAGGUGGGAAAAGAUACAACCAGGUACCAAGUGCUGCUGGAUGGACUGGUCCUCCAGGGUUUGUACCAGUUGCUGGAGCCCGAAAUGAUUAUUCAUUGCAGGAAACAGGAUUUCCCUCUGGUAAAGGCGGUGGUGCAAAAAGUGAUUCCUAUGUACAAAAUAGCCACCAAAAAAGAUGUUGAUUUCCAAAUUGAUCAGGAGGCCUACCUACCUGAGGAUAUAGCUGGUGUCAUUGAGGUCUAUAGUGGAGAUCAUAAAAUAAAGGUUUCUAAUACUCUAGAAAGCCAGUUGGAUCUCAUAGCCCAGCAGAUGAUGCCAGAAGUAUGGGGAGCCUUGUUUGGUGCAAAUGCCAGCAGGAAGUUUUUGGACUAA